GCUAGCUCGAGCGCUCUGCCUCCACGGCGGGAGAGAAACGCUGCUGCUGAAAGGACAAGCUGGCAGGAUCAUGACAGAGCCAAGCAGCAGAAAGGAAGGAUUUAAAAAAUGCCGGAGUGCUACUUUCAGCAUUGAUGGCUACAGCUUUACAAUUGUUGCAAAUGAAACAGGUGACAAAAAUGCAAGACCGCUUUCACGAUUUGCCCGGUCUAAAUCACAAAACUGCCUAUGGAACACCAUUAUUGGUGGGCUAACUGGCAAUCUCAAAGAGAGGCCGAAGCCAACCAUCAUCAGUGACCCCAGACCUCCUGAGGAAAUCCUGGCAGAUGAACUACCGCCAGUGGACAGUCCUGAAGCAUUGGUGAAAACAUCUUUCAGAUUGCGAUCCUUGGUAAAGCAGUUAGAGAGAGGGGAGGCUUCGGUUGUAGACCUAAAGAAGAAUUUAGAAUAUGCCGCCACUGUUCUUGAGUCAGUAUACAUUGAUGAAACUAGGCGUUUACUGGACACAGAAGAUGAGCUCAGUGACAUCCAGUCAGACUCUGUGCCCUCUGAGGUCCGGGACUGGUUGGCUUCUACCUUCACGCGGCAAAUGGGGAUGAUGCUCAAAAGGACUGAGGAAAAGCCUCGAUUCAGGAGUAUUGUUCAUGCAGUACAAGCUGGGAUAUUUGUAGAAAGAAUGUACAGACGGACAUCAAAUAUGGUCGGCUUGAGCUACCCACCAGCUGUAAUUGGAGUGCUAAAGAAUGUAGACAAAUGGUCCUUUGAUGUAUUUGCACUAAAUGAUGCCAGUGGGGAUCAUGCACUGAAAUUCAUUUUCUAUGAACUUCUCACACGCUACGAUCUGAUCAACCGUUUCAAGAUCCCCAUUUCUGCCCUGGUCUCCUUUGUGGAAGCUCUGGAGGUUGGGUACAGCAAACACAAAAAUCCUUAUCACAACCUAAUGCAUGCUGCAGAUGUGACACAGACGGUCCAUUACCUCCUAUUUAAGACAGGCGUAGCGCACUGGCUGACAGAGCUGGAGAUCUUUGCUAUGAUCUUUGCCGCUGCCAUCCACGACUAUGAGCACACUGGAACCACCAACAACUUUCACAUCCAGACACGGUCAGAUUCAGCCAUUCUGUAUAAUGACCGGUCUGUGCUUGAAAAUCACCAUGUUAGUGCAGCGUAUCGUCUUUUGCAAGAUGAUGAAGAGAUGAAUAUUUUAUCCAACCUUUCAAAGGAUGACUGGAGGGAAUUCAGGGCCCUGGUGAUUGAGAUGGUGUUGGCCACUGAUAUGUCCUGUCACUUCCAGCAAAUCAAAGCCAUGAAGAAUGCUUUGCAGCAGCCAGAAGGAAUUGACAAGCCGAAAGCCUUAUCACUGUUGUUGCAUACAGCAGAUAUCAGUCAUCCAGCCAAGGCCUGGGACCUCCAUCAUCGCUGGACCAUGUCUCUACUGGAGGAGUUCUUCAGACAGGGUGACAAAGAAGCAGAACUAGGGCUUCCCUUUUCUCCACUGUGUGACCGCAAGUCUACCAUGGUUGCUCAGUCUCAAAUAGGUUUCAUCGAUUUCAUUGUGGAACCCACUUUUACUGUGCUGACUGACAUGACCGAGAAGAUUGUAACACCGCUCAUCGAUGAAGCUUCCCGCUCCGGCCUGUCGGGGUUCAGGCGGUCCAGUCUAAACAGCAUUAGUCCCUCAGAAGUUAAAAGAUCAAGUGUCAAGAGCACUGGGUCAGAAGGAAGUGCCUCACUCAACUGCUCCAUACUCACUGUGGACUUCAAAUGUUUUAAAGCCACCUGGACUGAGGUGGUACAGCAGAAUCGGGAGAAAUGGAAAGCGCAAGCCACCAAAGAAGAAAAAGCUAAGAAAGAAGCAGAGGAAAAUGCUCAUCAAGGAACAGAGGAAAAGAAGACAGAAGAAAAAGAUGAGAAGAACCCAGCAGAAGAUGCAGCAGCAGCAAAGACAGAAAAUAGCAAAGAAGCAAACGCUGAGGAAAACAAAAGUGCAGAUUCCAGUACGAAUCAUGCAAAUGGGACUCGGCAAAUUGGGGUGAACAAACAUGAAGCUUCUCAAGGGAAAAAUGCAUCUAGAACAGAUAAGGGAACAGACUCUCAUCAAGCAAUGGGAGAAGAGAAACAACACGUCCGGAAUGGUGAAUUUAAGGAAGACAAUAAGUCAGACAAAAAAGAUCAGUCUAGUGUGAGGAAUGAAUCAAAGAAAAGAGAUGGUGCAAAGCAAUGUCCAUCUGACUCACCGGGCUCAGGUUCCUCGCCAAACCGUCUUACCUUGCCAGCCAUCAAACCUCAGCUGUGUCACUUCAGGAGGCCCACCUACAGCUCAGGAACCUAUUUCCCAGCCUCUCACAAGAAAUCUGAGGAACAUCCAAUGAGGUAUAAGCUGCUUGACCAAAGGGGAAGGAUGAAAAAGAUUCAGCAUAUUUCCCAGAACUGGAAUAGGAAAUAGUAGAGGAGAUUAAGAGGCAUCUUCUGGAAUGAUGCUUCUCACAGUCGGAUGGAGGACAUUGUGUAAUCAUUGCACAGGCCAUACUGCAUUGUGCAGCAGGUGUAAUUCAAGAUAUAAGCAAUUGUAUGAUUUAACCAGAUAAUAUAAUGGACACUUCUGCUAGAACUGUUUUCAGUAGUCUUAUUACUGGAGCAUAUGUCUACUUAGCGCUGAAAUAUUGGUCUGCUGUUUAAAAAAAAUAAUUUCAUACCACUAUCUCACAGCAAAUUAAGAAAGCCAAUGUUUUCAUAGAUAGUUGAGCUCCUUAUGGUGUUCUCAGCUAAACUUGUCCUCUGUAAGAAAGUUCUUGUUGCCCCGGAUCUUACGCUGUGAGAAGCAGUGGCAAGUAACUCCCUAUUUGCUUUCUGCAGGCCUCUGGUGAUUUAUAUACCACCUCAGCUCUCCCUUUCCAAGCUGGUGAAUCCUGUCCUAUUACUCUUUCCUCCCAAGCAAACCUGCUCUACUUUUGAUCUUCUUUGCUGCUUUUCUCUAUAUCUUUUCUUUCUUUCUUUUUCAAAUCUGUUUUUGAAAGGAGAGGACCAGAACUGUGAAAAGUACUGAAGAUGUGGGCAUACUAGCAAUUUAUAAAGUAAUGUUAUAGCAUUUUAUGUUUUACCUUUCAUGCCUUUCCAAAUAAUUUUUAAAGUUGUAUUGUUCCUUGAGCGCUGAGUGGUAAUUUCUGUAGAAUUAUCUGUAAUGAUUGUUAAUUAAUUUAUAGCCUAUCAACACAUACAGGGUUAGGAUUAUCUCUCCUUAUCCACAUUUUUCUGCACUUACUUACCCACACUGAGCCAGUGAUUUUGAUGAUUGAACUGAAAUAAGCUUCCUUUUUUUCCCUCCUUUCUAUCCUUUAUUUUUGUGCCUGCUUGUUUUUAACUUGUCACCUGUACCUUUUCCAAAUCACAUCUUCUCCAUAAGCAUAUUGAACAGAACAGAAGGUUAUCCUCAUUUACUGUGAAUGGUGAGCAUUUGAUCCUGUUCUUUUUUUCCCGCCUAUUAUUAACCAGUUAUUUAUCCGUGUUAAAAUCAUGUGUUAAGAUCUUCUCUCAAUCCAUGACAGGUUGGUAACUUUGACAGCCUUUGGAGCCAGACAUUGGCAAAAUCUUUUUGGAAAACUGCAAAUGGUUUUAUGCUCCUCCGAGGAACUCCUAAAAGAUUUAUGAGGCAUGAUUUAUCCUGUAAAAAGUAUUCUGACUCUUCUCUGUUAUAUUUAGCCUUCUAUUUACUAGUUCUGUUCCUUUUAUUUUCUACAAGUUCACUCACAGCAGAUUUACCUAUCUGUUAUACACCACAGGUUUGUAACUACAUCCAAUGUCAAAACUGCUACAGUCAGUACAUAUAACAUUGCUGUAUGAAAAUUAUGUUAAAAUCAAGGCUGGUUGUUGUAUGAAACAGCUGGAGAAUGUUACAGAUGCCCCUUGCUCUGUUAGAAAAGACUGCUGCAAGUCUGUGUGCACUUGCCCUAAGGUCCGAUAGCAUUUUUCAGUGUUUUGCAAGAAAUCUCCAUAAAACAGGUGGAUGCAGCAUACAGCUGCCCAAGUGUUCUGACAUGAUGCUGUAUCAGUUAUUUUUGUCCAACUGUCUUACUAGGAGCUCGAUGUUUGUAGCCUUGACGUCCUUGAACCCCAUCAGCGCUUGGGACUCCAGCAACUGGGCUGCCCAGCUACCUACACUAAGUGCAAAGAGGAGGCACUUUAAAGCCUUCUAUUUGUGAAAUGUGAUUUAUCUCUAGGAGUUCCCAGAGAACUACAUUUUGCCUGUAAAAUACUCUGAAAUGUUUACAUGAAUAGGCUGUAUAGACAAGCCAAAUUAUACUAUUCUUCCAAACACAUUUUCUGUCU